UUGAAUCUGCUGUAAGACAUCACACAUCUCGUUGUGAUAAGGCGAUCAAAUAUAUUGUAGUCGCUGAAUAUUUUAAUUUAUCAUUGACGAUUCAGUUUAUACUAUUUUCUAUAUUUUUUUUACAUAUACGGAAAAUAAUUUCAAGAUGCGUUAUCUGUCAUACACGCCAGUUAUUUUAUCACUUGUACUCAUCACGGCAACUUGUCAGACUUUUCAAUACAGCCGCGGCUGGACUAAUGGGAAACGGGACAAUUCUGCCAAUGGUUUCACUCUUCCAGAUUUUAGGAUUGAUAAUUUUGAUACGAAUAAUCUCAGUAACAACAAUGAUGGAUCUAAUGUGCAAUGUAAUUUACGGAAAAUAAAAAUGCUGAUACAAGGAGAUCAUCAUGAACAAAUUUAUUUAUGCAAACUACUGGAUCUUAUAUCAAAAAUAAAUAGAGAAGAAAAAUUAUCUAGUAAUUCUCGGCAUCCAGCUUUUGAAAACAGCGAUAUUGAUAAUUAACUAAAGUAUGAUAAAUAAUUAAUCAAAUCACUUAAAUAUAUUUAUUGUAAAAGCUGCUUUAAAUUAAUUAUGUUUUAAAAGUAUUAUAUAUAUGAUAUGUAAUAAAUAAAUAAAUAGAGAUUACCGAAUA